CCACAACCUUCUCUUACAAAGCCAGCUUCAGCAGAAGCUGGGGAAGAAUCCGACACAGGGCUGUAGCAUGGCCGGCCAGUCAUGCAUACUUCUUCUUGCAACUUUGCUCAGAGUUCAAUGCAACCCAGAAGCUUCAGAGAAGUGUUCCAGUCAACAGUUUACCUGCACAAAUGGGGAAUGUAUCCCAAAAGAAUACAUCUGUGACCAUGCGGAUGAUUGCAGUGACAGAAUGGAUGAAAUAGGGUGUAAUUAUCCUACUUGUACCGAAAUGGAGUGUUCCAAUGGUGCAUGUUACAACUCUAGCCAGCAUUGUGACGGAGUGCUGAACUGUAGAGAUGGAACAGACGAAUUCAAUUGCACUCAGAGAUGCAAUAUUGGGUAUUAUCAGUGUGCCAAUAUGGAAUGCAUCCCAAGGUUAUUUGUGUGUGACCAUGAUGACGAUUGUGGGGAUCAAAGUGAUGAGCAAAAAUGUGCUUAUCCAGAGUGUACAGGAGAAUAUUUCACCUGUCCCAGUGGCCAUUGCAUUCAUCAGUAUUGGCUCUGUGAUGGAGAUGAUGACUGUGGAGAUAAUGCUGAUGAAAGAGGAUGUGAAAGAGGGGAACCGGAAAUCUGCUCUCCAAGGCAGUGGUAUUGUCCAAACUCCCAACGGUGCAUCUCUCUCAACAAACUAUGUGAUGGGAUCCAGGACUGUUCCUUUGCUGAAGAUGAAACUAAUACAACAGCUGGAAGGAACUGCAGUGUAAUUAACUGUGCAGCUUUAAGCUGUGAAUAUCACUGCCGUUCUUCCCCAUUGGGUGGGAUCUGCUUUUGCCCAUCAGGAUAUGUAGUGGGCACUGAUGGCCGCUCCUGCAUUGACUUUGAUGAAUGUAGUGUUUGGGGAGCUUGUGACCAACUAUGCGAAGACAGAGCAGGACGCUACGCAUGCUCCUGUGUACAGGGCUACGUCCUGGAACAUCACAAGACCUGCCGAGCCAAUGCAUCAUCUGGAAUUCCAUCCAUCAUCUUCUCAAAUGGUCGUGAUUUGCUGAUUGGUGAUGUUCAUGGGAGGAACGUACGCUUUCUUGUACAAUCUUACAAUCGUGGUAUUGCUGUUGGUGUGGAUUUCCACUACCGUUUGGGCAAGAUCUUUUGGACAGAUACCAUUCAAAAUAAGGUUUUUUCUGUAGAUCUUAGUGGCACUGCAAUUCAGGAAAUCCUAAAUGUUUCCAUUGACAAACCUGAAAACCUCGCUGUGGACUGGGUGAACAAUAAAUUGUAUGUGGUGGAGACAAGUAUUAACAGAAUUGAAGUUACUGCUCUGGAUGGGAGUAACCGUAUAACAUUAAUUGGAGAAAACUUGGGAAAUCCUCGAGGUAUCGCUGUUGACCCCACCGUAGGCUAUCUAUUCUUCUCUGAUUGGAAUGAUGCUUCUGGUCUCCCUAAACUGGAGCGCGCUUUCAUGGAUGGAACCCAUCGGCUUGAGUUGGUCAGGACCAAACUAGGUUGGCCAGCUGGAAUAACCUUGGACAUUAUUACAAAACGACUUUAUUGGGUGGAUAGCCGUUUUGAUUAUAUUGAAACUGUAACAUAUGAUGGACUUGCAAGGAAAACCAUUGCAAGUGGAGGUAUGGCAGUUCCUCAUCCUUAUGCAAUCACUCAUUUUGAAGAUAAAGUAUUCUAUACUGAUUGGACUAAGAUGGCUGUUAUGAGAGUCAAUAAGUCUAUAGAUAAUGACCCACAAAUUGUCUAUCAGUCUUCACUGAAGCCAUAUGGAUUGACAGUAUAUCAUGCAUUCAAACAGCCAUUUGUGAGGAAUCCAUGUGAUCAUAAUAAUGCUGGAUGUGAGCAUAUAUGCAUUCUCAGUCAUACAACAGACAAUCAAGGCCUAGGCUAUCGAUGCAGAUGCAGGCUGGGCUUUGAUCUUCACCGCGAUCAGAAACAUUGCUAUGCCGUGACCCAGUUCCUCCUAUUUUCAUCCCAGUUGGCUGUUCGUGGAAUCCCUUUCAAUGUCUCCACACAGGAAGAUGUCAUCCUGCCUAUGACAAGAAACCCCUCGUACUUUGUAGGAAUUGAUUUUGAUGCGGCGGAGCAGACUAUCUUUUUCUCUGAUACAAGGAAUGAUCUGAUUUGUAAACAGAAAAUAGAUGGAACAGGUCGGGAAGUUCUCGCUGCCAAUAGAGUGGAAGGAGUAGAAGAUCUGGCUUUUGACUGGAUUUCAAGGAAUCUUUAUUGGACUGAUACACGCUAUAGCAGCAUAUCUGUCCUGCGACUGGCUGAUAAAUCCAGGAGAGUGAUUGCUGACAACCUGAACAAUCCUAGAUCUAUUGUCGUGCAUCCACUGUUGGGAUACAUCUUCUGGACAGACUGGUACCGGCCUGCAAAAAUUAUGAGAGCCUGGGCUGAUGGAUCAAAUGCAGAGCCACUAAUUAAUACAACACUAGGCUGGCCGAAUGGUCUUACCAUUGAUUGGAGUAAUUUACGUCUCUAUUGGGUGGAUGCCUUUUUUGACAAAAUUGAGCACUGUUCUCUCAGUGGUUCAGACAGACAGACCCUCAGUCGAAUUAGCCAGAUGUCACACCCUUUUGGUCUUGCAGUAUUUGGUGAUUAUGCAUAUUUUACGGACUGGAGGUUGAAGGGAAUUGUCCGUGUGCAGAAAGUUGAUGGUGGAGGGAUGACUAUUAUCAGAAGAGGCAUUGACAAUAUUAUGCAUGUAAAAUCCUUUGACGCUUCUAUCCAGACUGGAUCUAACUCCUGUAACAAACCAGCAAACCCCAAUGGAGACUGUAGUCAUUUUUGCUUUCCGACACCCAAUUUUCAGAGAGUGUGUGGCUGCCCUUAUGGAAUGAAACGGGACUCCAACAACCUAAACUGCAUUGAAGAUCCAUUUAGCGAGCCACCCAAACCACAAUGUGCCACCUUCUCUUUCACUUGUGCCAAUGGAAAAUGCGUGGCAGGUUACAAUCGCUGCGAUGGAGUUAACGACUGCCUUGAUAAUAGCGAUGAAGUAAACUGUGGAACUUUAAAUACUACAUGUUCUUCAUCGGCCUUUACAUGUACAAAUCUCCAAUGCAUUCCAAAUUACUGGAGAUGUGACGGACAAAACGAUUGCUCUGAUGAAAGUGAUGAACAGGAAUGUCCAACCCAUGGGCCCAGCACUUGUGCAACAGACUACUUCACCUGUGCUAAUUCCUACUGCGUCCCUAAGAGAUGGGUAUGCGACACGGACAAUGACUGUGGGGAUGGCUCAGAUGAGCUGAGCUGUAAUUCCACAGGUUCCUGUCAGCCUGAACAGUUUUUAUGCCCAGAACAUCGGUGCAUUGACCCAGUUUACAUUUGUGAUGGUGAUGAAGACUGCCUGGAUGGUUUGGAUGAACAAGGCUGUGUGUACAACUGCACCUCAUAUCAGUUUAAAUGUGCAAGUGGAGAGCAGUGCAUCAAUAUUUUCUACCACUGUGAUGGCGUUUUUGAUUGUCUGGAUGAAUCUGAUGAGGCAGGAUGUCCCACUCGGCCUCCAGGAAUGUGUCACCAAAAUGAAUUUCAGUGCCAAGGUGAUGGUUCUUGCAUACCAUCAAAUUGGGAAUGUGAUGGCCAUGCAGACUGUAUUGAAGGAUCAGAUGAACAUCUCAGCUGUUUACCGAAGAACUGCUCUGCAAACUAUUUUCUAUGUGACAAUGGAAACUGUGUCUCCAUGACUUGGCUUUGUGAUGGUGAUAACGACUGCAGGGAUAUGAGUGAUGAAAGGAACUGCCCAACACAACCAUUUCAAUGUGGCAGCGACCAGUGGCAGUGCCCAGGACUCAGCGUCUGUCUAAAUUUGGAUAAGAUUUGUGACCACACUCCUGACUGCCCAAAUGGUGCAGAUGAAUCUCCAUUCUGCAGUAUGGAAAGCUGUGAGGAAGGCAAUGCAGGAUGCACACAUGGAUGUAUUCAGGGGCCUUUUGGUGCAGAGUGCUCUUGUCCAAGUGGCUAUCAGCUUACAAAUGACUCGAAGACCUGUGAAGAUAUCGAUGAGUGUAAUCCACCGGGCAGUUGUAGUCAGAUAUGUUACAAUGAAAGAGGUUCUUUCAGAUGCACCUGUGAUGAAGGUUAUGCUUUACAAGCUGAUCAAAAGACCUGUAAAGUUUCAGAUUCAACACAUGUUCAGUUAAUGGUGGCAAGUCGCGGUCAUCUGGUUUCUGAAACCAUCAAUGUACGGCCACCUACCAUUCAAAGUGUGAUCCGUGACGGGAGGAAUAUCGUUGCAAUUGAUUUUGAUUCUAAGACUGAUCGGAUUUAUUGGUCAGACGUAACUGAGGACAAGGUUUGGAGUGCUUUUCAAAAUGGAACAGAUCGAAAAAUUAUAUUUGAUAGUGGAGUGACUGUCACUGAAAAUAUAGCUGUGGACUGGAUUGGUCGCAAUCUAUAUUGGGUGGACUACAUUCUUCAAACAAUUGAAGUAUCAAAACUGGAUGGCAGCCACAGAACUGUGUUAGUCAGUGAUAAUAUAACAAAUCCAAGAGGUCUGGUGUUGGAUCCUAGAAAUGAUAUCCACCUAAUGUUCUGGACAGACUGGGGAAGAAAUCCACGAAUAGAAAAAGCCAGCAUGGAUGGCACAUUGCGAACUGUUCUGAUAAGCAACAAGAUCUACUGGCCCAACGGUUUAAGUAUUGAUUAUCCAACUAAACUACUUUACUUUGCUGAUGCAUAUUUGGAUUUUAUUGAAUACUGUGACUAUGAUGGAAAUAACAGGAGACAAAUUUUGGCAAGUGACUUAAUAUUGAGACACCCACAUGCCUUAACCAUUUUUGAAGAUUUUGUGUAUUGGACUGAUCGGCAUUCCAACCGUGUUGUUGGAGUAAAUAAGUGGCAUGGAAGGAAUCAGACUGUGAUGAUCAGUAAUAUUGUACAGCCCCUUGGAAUUGCUGCCAUUCAUUCUGUAAGGCAACCUCCUGCCUGGAAUCCAUGUCUCUCAAACCCCUGCAGCCAUUUGUGCCUCCUGUCUGCAUCACCACCUAAAUGGUAUUCAUGUGUCUGCCCUUCGGGCUGGAAACUGAUGUCCGAUAUGGAGCAUUGUAGUAAAGAUGAAGAACCUUUCCUAAUUGUUGUGAAAAACAGCAUCAUCUUUGGCAUUUCCCUGAACCCUGAUGACAAAACUAGUGAUGCCAUGGUUCCAAUAGCAGGAGUUCAGAAUGGUUUUGAUGUUGAUUUUGAUGAAGACAAUAUGAUGUAUUGGGUCGAGCAUCCAGGAGAAAUUCACCGUGUGAAGUUAGAUGGGACCAAUAGGACAGUGUUUGCCCCAGCUUCCAUCAUUGGUUCCCCUAUGGGUUUGGCUUUUGACUGGAUUUCAAUGAACCUUUACUAUACCAACUUAGACCAACAGUCCAUUGAGGUUAUUAAAGUGCAGGGCGAUGUCAAGUACAAAAAGACAAUACUGACCAAUAAUGGGCAAAGGAGUGGUGUUGGGUCACCUGUUGGUAUUGUGGUGAAUCCAGCUAAAGGGAAGUUAUACUGGACUGACCAAGGUACAGAGAAUGGAGUCCCUGCAAAGAUUGCCAGUGCCAAUAUGGAUGGUUCCAAUGCGAGAGUCCUCUUCACGAAUAACCUGGAUCAUGUUGAGUUUAUCACGAUUGACAUCAAGGAACGGAAGCUGUACUGGUCCAUUUCUAGUACGGGUAUGAUUGAACGAGGCGAUCUAAAUGGUUUAAACCGAGUGACCAUAGUCAGUUACCUUUCUCAUCCUCGGGGAAUAGCCAUAUACGAGAACUUCCUUUACUAUGCAGAUAGUGAUUACGAAGUCAUUGAGCGUGUGGACAAGAACACUGGUGAAAAUGCAGUUGUGAUGAGGAAUAAUAUCGCGGGGUUGAUGUCCCUCCGUGUCCACUUCCGAGACGAUUCGGCUGGUUCUUUCAAUGGGUGUAGUCACAACUUUGGAGCAUGUGAGCAACUCUGCCUACCCCGACCCAAUGGAACAUACACUUGUGAUUGUACCACGGGCUACCGCAGGAAUCCAGACACAAGGACCUGCUCAUCAGUUGAAUCAUUUGUGAUUGUAUCCCAAUUGAAUGUUAUCCGAGGUUUCAGCUUAAAUGAGAAUGACCAUUCAGAAGCUAUGGUACCAGUGGGUGGUGUGGAUCGUUUUGCUCUGCAUGUGGAUGUGCAUGUAUCUUCAGGAUUUAUUUACUGGUGUGACUACAGUACCAUACCUCAAAGAAAUGCUAUCCGAAGAAUUAAACCUGAUGGAUCUUCAUUCAAAACCAUUGUAGCUUCAGGAAUUGGUCAGAAAGGUAUCAGGGGAAUUGCAGUGGACUGGGUGGCAGGCAAUCUGUAUUUCACAAAUGCCUUCCUAUCUGAAACUUACAUUGAAAUUAUUUGCUUGAACAGUACCUUUCGUAGAGUGCUCAUCAAAACCCAAGUAGAUUGGCCUCGGGACAUUGUGGUGAAUCCAAAACUCCGAUAUAUCUUCUGGGCUGACUAUGGACAGCAUCCCAAAAUUGAGCGAGCUUUCCUCGAUGGCUCCAACAGGACCAUCUUGUUGGAUGAUGGUAUUGUUAUGCCGCGAGGUCUGACUGUCGACUACAUAAACAACUACGUCUACUGGAUUGAUGACUCUCUUGACCUGAUUGCUAGGAUCUCACCCGAUGGUGACGAGCAGCAAAUAAUCCGCUACGGUAGCCGCUACCCAACUCCAUUUGGAAUCACCAUCUUUGAAAACAGCAUAAUUUGGGUGGACCGAAACUUGAAGAAGGUUUUACGUGCAAGCAAAGAUCCUGACAAUGCAGAUCAGCCUUCUGUCAUUCGAGACAAUUUAAACUUAUUAAGGGAUGUAGUUAUGUUUGAUAAAAAGAUUCAACCAACAUCACCCCAAGAAAUUAACAAUAAUCCCUGUUUGGAGCACAAUGGAGGAUGUGUCCAAUUUUGUUUUGCCUUACCAGGUUUACAAAUGCCAAAAUGUGGUUGUGCUCAUGGUCGACUGGAUGCUGAUGGCAAACAGUGCACCAUCAGUCUGAAUAAUUACUUGAUCUAUGCAACAGAAAGCUCUAUUCGUAGUUUGUACCUGGAUAUCACUGAAAACAUGUUACCUUUCGCUGUAGUCAGUGUAGGGCACACGACAAUAGCACUUGACUAUGAUAGUAGUGAGAAAAGAAUUUAUUUCACGCAAAACAUUGGUGAAGGACAAAGCCAAAUCAGCUAUAUCAGUCUUGAUGAAAAUUCUGCCCCUCCUACGCAUGUGGUGACAGGGUUGAGUUCUCCUGAUGGAAUUGCCUUUGACUGGAUUAACAGAAGGAUUUAUUACAGUGACUAUCUGAACCAGACAAUCAACUCCAUAAGUAUUAAUGGCGGUAAUCGCACAAUCAUUGCCAAUGUCCUGAGACCACGAGCUAUUGUGCUGGAUCCUUGCAGAGGGUAUAUGUUUUGGACCGAUUGGGGAAGCCAUCCUAAAAUAGAACGUGCAACACUUGGAGGAAACUUUCGGUUGGCAGUUAUAAAUAGCGGCCUAGUAUGGCCAAAUGGACUGACAAUGGACUACGAAGAUCAGAAGCUCUACUGGGCUGAUGCUUCUCUAAGAAAGAUUGAACGCAGUAGUCUUACAGGAACAGACCGCGAGGUGAUUGUUAGCACUGCAAUUUACCCAUUUGCAGUGACUAUCUUUGAAGAAUAUCUCUACUGGACAGACUGGAACACAAGAAGCAUCUACCGGGUCAAUAAGUACGAUGGAUCAGAUCAAACUGUGAUGAUUCAGAACCUUCCAGAUCGUCCAAUGGAUGUCCAUGUCAUGUCAGAUACGAAGCAGCAGCAAUGCAGUAACCCAUGUGAUCAGUUUAAUGGAGGGUGCAGUCACAUCUGUACUCCAGGGCCCCAUGGUGCAGAAUGCCAGUGCCCUGCCCAUGGCAAUUGGCGCUUGGUUAAUGACAAUAAAGAUUGUGUUCCCUCUGAUACUGCAACAUGUGGAACUGGCUAUUUUACUUGCUUAAAUGGUCGUUGUAUUUUGGAAGGGUGGAAGUGUGACACUGACAAUGAUUGUGGAGAUCAGAGUGAUGAAACAGAAAGAGUCUGUGCUUUCCAUACCUGCCCAGCCACUGCUUUCACUUGUAGUAAUGGCAGGUGCACACAGUACAGGUAUCGCUGUGACCAUUAUAAUGAUUGUGGAGACAAUAGCGACGAGGUUGGCUGCUUGUUCCGUACAUGUGAACCUAAUUCUGAAUUCUCCUGUAAUAACGGAAGGUGCAUUGCAAACAGCUCAGUUUGCAAUGGAAUUAACGAUUGUCAUGAUAACGGAACUUCAGAUGAGAGAAACUGCCCUCAUCGGACCUGCCAACCUGGUUAUGCAAAAUGUGAAGCAACAAAUCUGUGUAUUCCCCACACUUAUCUUUGUGACGGUGAUAAUGAUUGUGGAGAUAUGAGUGACGAGAGCUCUACCUACUGUGAUGCUGGGAUUUGUGUGCAGAAUGAGUUUCGCUGUACAUCUGGGCGAUGCAUUCCAGGACAUUGGUACUGUGAUAGAGUAAGGGAUUGUGUUGAUGGGUCUGAUGAACCAGUUAAUUGUGUUCCCCCGGAGAUAACUUGUUUAAAUGAGCAGUUCAAAUGUGGCGUUGUCAGAUAUAUCGUUUUCUCCCUGAUAUGUGAUACUGAUAAUGACUGUGGGGACAUGAGUGAUGAAGAUCGAAAAACAUAAUUUUUUUACAACUGUGCAAGCCAUAAUUGUUCUGACGCGGAAUUCACGUGUGUGAACAGCCAUCCUCCAGAAAGAAAGUGCAUCCCUUGGGCAUGGGUCUGUAAUGGAGUUUCUGAUUGCUCCGAUGCUUUGGAUGAAGAUCAGAAUUGUACGAGACGAUCCUGCCCCGGGACAAAAUUUACAUGUGCCAAUGGAUUGUGUGUGAGGGGCUCAUACAGGUGUGACCGUAGGAAUGACUGUGGUGAUGCAAGUGAUGAACGAGGAUGUACUUACCCGUCUUGCUCCCAGCACCAGUUUACCUGCCAAAAUGGCCACUGCAUUUCAAAGUUAUUGGUCUGUGAUGGUAAUAAUAAUUGUGGCGAUAUGUCUGAUGAAGUCAAGCAGCAGUGUCUGACCUCUGAGCCAACAUGCGCUCCACAACAUUACAAAUGUAACAAUGGACGUUGUAUUGAAAGUGUCAAGCUGUGCAACCAGGAGGAUGAUUGUUCAGACAAUAGUGAUGAGAGUACAUGCGGUAUCGACGAGUGCAAUGACCCUGAGUUGAGUCACUGCACACACAACUGCACUAAUACAUUGAUAGAUUUUUUCUGCUCUUGUCAUCCUGGAUACCACCUCAUGGAUGACAGACAGACUUGUGAAGACACUGAUGAAUGUAAUGAAACACCUAGUGUCUGUAGCCAGAUUUGUGAAAACACAGAAGGCUCAUACAUUUGCAAAUGUGCCCCAGGUCAUCUUCAAGAACCUGAUGGAAAAACUUGUCGCCAAAAUAGUGCCAUUACCCCUUAUAUCCUCUUCAGUAAUCGCUACUACAUUCGCAAUAUUUCCCUUGAUGGGGGAUCUUACCCUCUUGUUCAACAAGGGUUGAUCUUUGUGGGAGCAUUGGACUUUGACAGUGUGGAGCAAAGAUUGUACUGGACUGAUAUGGGACGAGGAGUUCUCGAGCGAAUAUUCCUGAAUGGAACAGAAAAGGAGACUGUCCUCAACUAUGGUUAUUUUGGAGUAGAAGACCUAGCUGUCGAUUGGGUUGGAAGGAAAUUGUACUGGGUUGAUCUGUAUGGAAGUAACCUUAACGUUGCUGAAAUGGAUGGACGCUUUCGUAAAAAGCUGGCUGAGCACUGUCUGGAUACAAAUGGCAUAUACUGCUUUAGGAACCCACGUGCCAUUGUGGUUCAUCCAAAAUAUGGAUACGUUUUUUGGACUGACUGGGGUUAUGAAGCCUACAUUGGUCGCAUGGGUAUGGAUGGUAGAAGUUUUUCAGCCAUCAUUACCUCAAAACUGGAAUGGCCUACUGGAUUGACAAUUGACUAUACAAACGACAAACUGUAUUGGACAGAUGCCCAUCUGGAUUACAUUGAGUUUUCGAAUCUGGAUGGAAGCUUUCGACAUACAGUAUUUGAAGGGAUACUGAGCCAUCCAUUUGCAAUUAGCCUGUUUGAGGAUACAAUAUAUUGGACUGAUUGGAACACAAAAUCAGUGGAGAAAGCAAACAAGUACACAGGGGAAAACAGAGAGAUUUUGGUGAACAUCACCCAUGUGCCCACUCAUAUCAUCGUAUAUCACCCAUACAGACAACCAAGAGCAAUCAAUCCUUGUGGUACAAAUAAUGGUGGCUGCUCCCAUCUGUGUCUGAUAGCAGCAGGUGGUCUAAACUAUACUUGUGAAUGUCCGGAUAGCUUCAUAAAGCAGCCGGACAACACCGCUCACUGUUUCCUGAUGUGCACAAGUACACAGUACAGAUGUACAAACAAUGAAAGGUGUAUUCCAAUCUGGUGGAAAUGUGAUGGAGAAAAAGAUUGCACAGAUGGUUCUGAUGAGCCCAGCACCUGCCCACCUCACCAUUGUGGUCUUGGACAAUUUCAGUGCGAUGAUGGUAACUGUACCAGUUCCUACUCCUUGUGCAAUGUCUUUCUGAAUUGCCCGGAUGGAUCUGAUGAAGACGCUGCACUUUGUGAGAAUCACCAGUGUGAGAGCUACCAGUGGCAGUGUGCUGACAAGCGCUGUAUUCCUAGAAGCUGGCAGUGUGACGGGGAGGAUGACUGCCCAGAUAGCUCUGAUGAAGAUCCUGCUACCUGUGCUUCAAGAACCUGUAAUCCUGACCAGUUUAAAUGCAAUAAUGGCCAUUGUAUUCCUCAAUCCUGGAAAUGUGACGUAGAUAAUGACUGUGGAGAUUACUCGGAUGAGCCUUACGAGGAGUGCCAUGGACCUGACCAUACCUGUGACAUUCAUACUGAGUUUUCCUGUAGAACAAACUACCGUUGUAUUCCUAAUUGGGCUAUAUGCAACGGCUACAAUGACUGCCGAGACAACAGUGAUGAGCAGAACUGUGAAGAUCAUACUUGUAAUCCAAGUGGGGAUUUCCGUUGUGACAAUCAUCGCUGUAUCCCUCUACGCUGGAAGUGCGAUGACACAAAUGACUGUGGAGACAAUUCUGAUGAACACAACUGCAGUCCUCGUGAAUGCACGGAAAGUGAAUUUCGCUGUGAUAACCUCAAAUGUAUCCCUGGCCGCUGGGUGUGUGACCAUUAUAGUGACUGUGAAGAUGAUUCAGAUGAGCAAAACUGCGAGUUGCUAACAUGCCUUCCUGGAUAUUUUGAAUGUGCAAGUGGUCACUGUAUUCCAGAAAGUUUCGUGUGUGAUGGAAGUGCUGAGUGUGAAGAUUUCUCAGAUGAAAUCACUUGCCCAACUCGUUACCCCAAUGGAGCCUAUUGUCCACCCUUUAUGUUUGAAUGCAAGAAUCAUAUCUGUGUAUAUCCAAGCUGGAAGUGUGAUGGAGAUGAUGACUGUGGAGAUGGGUCUGAUGAAGAGCUCCAUCAUUGUGUGGGCGUUGUUUGUGAGUCUCCCGGUCGUUUUCAUUGUGAUAAUAAUCGAUGCGUUUAUGGACACGAGGUGUGCAAUGCAAGAGAUGACUGUGGAGAUGGAAGUGAUGAAACUGAAGAAAGUUGUAACCUAUCCACCUCUCCUUGCACAACUGGGGAAUACAAAUGUAGGAAUGGAGACUGCAUUCCUGACUUCCACGUCUGUGAUAAUUAUGCUCAUUGUGAAGACCUAUCCGAUGAGUUGGAAUGCUACUCUAAUGUAAAUCAAACCUGUGCAGAAAAUCUCUGUGAACACAAUUGUACAGAUCUGAUGGAUGGAGGUUUCAUCUGCUUUUGUAAACAUGGAUACAAAGUAAAUGAGGCUGAUGCACGUGCCUGUGAUGAUAUCAAUGAGUGUGAAAUUUUCGGCAGCUGUCCUCACAAUUGUAAAAAUAGCAAAGGAAGCUAUGCAUGUUUCUGUGCUGAGGGAUUUGAACCUGUUGCUGAGGAGAAUGGUACUCAAUGUGCUGUCACAGGAGAUCCUCCUAUCCUGCUUUUGCCAGACAAUGUACGAAUUCGGCGAUACAAUCCCACACUUCAUCAAUACACUGACUAUGUUGAUAAUGAAGAGAACAUCAAAGCCAUUGACUAUAUUUGGGACACAGAAGAUCCAGAUCUCAGUAUAGUGUACUGGACAGUCCUGGGACAUGGCUCAAACCCCGGCUCCAUAAAGUGGGCCUUUCUCACAAGAUUCGAUGACAGAGGAAGCAAUCCAACAGUACCAGUGGACUUAAACCUGAAUUAUAUAGUGACACCUGCUGCAAUUGCCGUGGAUUGGGUUGGAAAGCAUAUUUAUUGGACUGAUUCCGGCACAAAGAGAAUUGAGGUGGCAGAUCUAAAUGGACUAUACAGGAAAUGGCUGAUUGACUCUGAACUGGACGAUCCAGCUGCUAUAGCUGUAAAUCCUAAACUUGGGCUGUUCUACUGGACAGAUUUGGGCAGUAAUCCCAAGAUAGAGUGUGCCUGGAUGGAUGGACAAUACCGGCAAGUGUUAGUUAACAGUGAGCUGGGCUGGCCGACGGGCCUCACCAUAGAUUAUCUCAAUGGUGACAGAAUCUAUUGGAGUGAUUCCAAGGAGAACCUCAUAGAGUCUAUAAAGUUUGAUGGGACUGACAGAAUACAGGUUAUUAAUGGAGACUUGGGUAAUCCAUUUAGUCUGGAUGUUUUUGAAAAUCAUUUGUAUUGGACAUCGAAAGGGAUUGGUGAAGUAUGGAAGCAAGAUAAAUUUGGAAAAGGACAGAAGGUGAAGGUUCUGAUGGUAAACCCAUGGCUGACCCAAGUUAGGAUUUAUCAGGAGAGCCGUUACAAUCACUCAGUGCCUAAUCCUUGCAAGGACGUCUGUAGUCAUCUGUGCUUGCUGAAACCGGGAGGUUACUCUUGUGCGUGCCCUCAGGGUAGUCAAUUUCAAAACGGCAGCAAUUUUGACUGUGAUGCAGCACUGGAGCCAGAACCAACCAUGCCACUUGCUUGCAAGUGUAGGAAUGAAGGAACAUGUUACUUUGAAAGAAAUAGCACAACAUGCAAAUGUUCUUACGGAUAUACAGGAUAUUACUGUCAAUUUGCAAAAUCCCAGGGGUCACAUCAUCCAAAAGCAACAGUAGCCUUAUUAAUUGUCAUCCUAAUGCUGGGAGCACUAGCUGCUGGAGGAGCAUUCCUGAAUUACAGGCACACAGGCUCAAUUCUGCCAGCUUUCCCCAAGCUUUCAAGGUUAAGCAAUUCUUCCAAACCUAAUGGAAAUGGUGUAACAUUUAGAUCUGGAAUGGAUGACGGAGUGUACAAUGAUACUUCUGCCAUUGACAUAGAUUCCGCUAUUGGUGGAGCAAUGCCUGUGUAUGAAAAUGUUAUCAACAUGGAAGGAAAACAACCAGUCACAUUCGAAAAUCCCGUGUUUGGAUCAAAGGAAAUUCCUUCCAAUGAGCCUCAGGCGGUUGAACAAUCAGCGGAAUCAAUCUGGAAUUUUUUCAAACGAAAGCCCAAACAAGGCUCGAAUUUUGAAAACCCGAUGUAUGCAGAGAGCCAAGAACAGCAACAGGCAAAUAAUCCAGUCACAGAAGCCUCUGCCACUUCCCAGACUUUUGAAUUACCUCCAAGCAAGUCACAAUCAAAAAACGAUGAGCCUUUAACCUACAGUCCGACAGAGAAUACUUUCAAAGAUACAGCCGCUCUCGUCAAAAAGGAUUUGAAAUCAUAAUUCAGUAUGUAACUGGAGGACAAUGAUUGCUUUUCCUCUGAUACAAUAUAUUUUUAUACAUAGCCAGAACAUUAGGAUAUGUCAGAUAUAUAAGUACAGGUCAACCUUCACUAAUCCAACACCAUUGGGAUCUGAGGAGUGCCGGAUUAGUGAAAAUGCCGAAUUACAGAAAGAUCACAUUAAGCAUAAUCAGUGCCAGAUUAUCGAAGGAACCAGAUUACAGGUAGUUGGAUUAGUGAAGGUCGACCUGUACUAAAAACCCAUUAAAUAAUUAGUGUGAAUCAGUAGCUGUUUGAAGUAGUCUCUCUGUUCCCUACCCUUUACUAAUGUUAUAUGCCAACUUUUAUCAUUUUUGGUUUUUUGUCAGUGAAGACUUUUUUAAAAUCCAAAGGUUCUUUAUGUAUUUCUUUGCACUAGAUGUGUCUAAGUAUGAGAUAUGUAAUGUUAUAAAUACAUGUAUACUCGUAAAUUUUUAAGAGAUUAUGUCGAUAAUUUUACAAUAGAUAAACUUGACUUAUAAUCAAGGUUGAAAUUUGUGGAAAUCUGAAGGUUGAGUUUAUGCCACUGAUUUCAAGUUUAGAAAGGCGAUUCUGAAUGUGCAAACUACUGAACUUGCUCUCUGAAUGAAUUUGAUAAAAUCAAUGUGGCUAAUUGCAUAUAAUAAAUUGCAUGAGCACACUGGAGUUAUUUCUGAAAUAUUAAAAAAGUGAAACCUAUAUUCAAUAGUCUGCUGAUGAUAGAAAGCUUAAUGUCCGAUCAAGAUAUACCCUGUUCACAUUGUGAAAAUAGCCAUUUAUUUGAAAAUAAAAGGUUCUGGGAUUAGGAAUAAAACAUUGAUAAAUGUAUUCUGUUGCAAUAUUGGUUUAUACUAUUACUUCUCCAAAUUAUUCCUCAUAGUUGUUUACAUUUUUUUCUUUUUGUAUUAUAAGAUGAAACUACAAAAUCCAAAGAUAUUGAAGUAAUCCCACAGGCCGAAGACAUCACAGCAUUUUCUGAAUACAGAUGAUGUAAAAACGUUCCUACCCACCUGGUUUCCUUUCACCUUCCCCUCCCCCACCUUUUUAUUCUGGUGUUUUCCUCACCAUUCCAGUCCCAAAGAAGUGUCUUGGCCCAAAACGUCAACUGUUUAUUCAUGUCCAGAGAAGCUGCCUGACCUGCUGAGUUCCUUCAGAACCUUAUGUGUGACUCUUUAAAAAUACACUUUUAUUGAUAAAACUACUCCAAGUUUAAUCUAUUUUUAAAAUCACGAAUAAAAUAUAUGUCCUAGGAGCAAGAGAACAUAACUCAACCACUCUUACCUGCUUAGCCAGUUAAUAAGAACAUGACUGAUCCCUUUGUAAUUCCUAAACAUAGAAACAUAGAAACAUAGAAAAUAGGUGCAGGAGUAGGCCAUUUGGCCCUUCGAGCCUGCACCGCCAUUUAUUAUGAUCAUGGCUGAUCAUCCAACUCAGAACCCCGCCCCAGCCUUCCCUCCAUACCCCCUGACCCCCGUAGCCACAAGGGCCAUAUCUAACUCCCUCUUAAAUAUAGCCAAUGAACUGGCCUCAACUGUUUCCUGUGGCAGAGAAUUCCACAGAUUCACCACUCUCUGUGUGAAGAAGUUUUUCCUAAUCUCAGUCCUAAAAGGCUUCCCCACUAUCCUCAAACUGUGGCCCCUCGUUCUGGACUUCCCCAACAUCGGGAACAAUCUUCCUGCAUCUAGCCUGUCCAAUCCCUUUAGGAUCUUAUACGUUUCAAUCAGAUCCUCCCUCAAUCUUCUAAAUUCCAACGAGUACAAGCCCAGUUCAUCCAGUCUUUCUUCAUAUGAAAGUCCUGCCAUCCCAGGAAUCAAUCUGGUGAACCUUCUCUGUACUCCCUCUAUGGCAAGGAUGUCUUUCCUCAGAUUAGGGGACCAAAACUGCACACAAUACUCCAGGUGUGGUCUCACCAAGGCCUUGUACAACUGCAGUAGUACCUCCCUGCUCCUGUACUCGAAUCCUCUCGCUAUAAAUGCCAGCAUACCAUUCGCCU